AAAAACGCCACUUUCUUCACGGAGUGGCUUAUUUAUUUUUGCUUAGACGCUUGAACAUGGAAUCAGACAGCUCACCGGUCAAGUCUGACCAGGACUUGAGAAAUAAUGCCGAGGCAUCACGCUGUCUGAUGAUCUCCCCUGUGAAGAAGCUCAGUGCUCUUAGACUCGUAUCACCCUUCGACACAGACCAGGAAAUGAUAGACCUAGAGGUUGCUUCAGUUUUGGCUGAGGGAUGUUCUGUAUCUCCAGAGAAGUCAAAGCCACCAGGCACUGUCACUACAACUCCUGUCAGGCCGACAACUGUAAUGACAAACAUUCAGAGAGGGAAUGUUCAAACAACAACUCCUGUGUUUCAAACCAUCACAAUCCACCAGUUGGCUGCCCAAGGAGAGCUCAACCAACUAAAACAUGAAGUAGAACAAGGGGUUGACAUAGAUAAGGUUGAUGACAGUGGGUUGUCUCCCCUUUUGUGGGCGUGUGCCAACGGUCAGUGUCUGACUGCCCGCUACCUACUUGACCACCAGGCAGAUCUUGAUAUUGUUGGUAACCAUGGAGAGAAUGCCCUGCUGUUUACCAGCUGCUAUGGUUACAUUGACAUCCUCAAACACCUGCUGGCCCUUGGAAUGAAUGUAGAUUACACAGAUGAGACGGGUAGUAGUGGUCUGAUGUAUGCUGCAUACAACGGGCAUGGGAGCUGCGUUGGUGCACUGCUAGAGGCAGGUGCGGACCUCACACUGGAGAAUGAGAAUGGACACACCGCCAUGGACCUUACUAUUGGUCAGGGGCACAGGCAGGUCCAGCAAGUUAUAGAGAGCCACAUGUUGAGGAUGUUCGACUCCCUAACCUGAUGUACUGCUGGUGUUAACCUACAAUGUACAUCUCAUGAUCAUGUGACCUGAUGUAACGCUGGCGUUAACCUACAAUGUACAUCUCAUGAUCAUGUGACCUGAUGUAACGCUGGCGUUAACCUACAAUGUACAUCUCAUGAUCAUGUGACCUGAUGUAACGCUGGCGUUAACCUACAAUGUACAUCUCAUGAUCAUGUGACCUGAUGUAAUGCUGGUGUUAACCUACAAUGUACAUGUCAUGUGACCUUAUGUAACGCUGGUGUAAACCUACAAUGUACAUGUCAUGUGACCUUAUGUAACGCUGGUGUUAACCUACAAUGUACAUGUCAUGUGACCUGAUGUAAUGCUGGUGUUAACCUACAAUGUACAUCUCAUGUGACCUUAUGUAACGCUGGUGUAAACCUACAAUGUACAUGUCAUGUGACCUGAUGUAAUGCUGGUGUUAACCUACAAUGUACAUCUCAUGUGACCUUAUGUAACGCUGGUGUAAACCUACAAUGUACAUCUCAUGUGACCUUAUGUAAUGCUGGUGUUAACCUACAAUGUACAUGUCAUGUGACCUUAUGUAACGCUGGUGUAAACCUACAAUGUACAUGUCAUGUGACCUUAUGUAACGCUGGUGUAAACCUACAAUGUACAUGUCAUGUGACCUGAUGUAAUGCUGGUGUUAACCUACAAUGUACGUCUCAUGUGACCUGAUGUAACGCUGGUGUUAACCUACAAUGUACAUGUCAUGAUCAUGUGACCUGAUGUUACGCUGGUGUUAACCUACAAUGUACAUCUCAUGUGACCUGAUGUAAUGCUGGUGUUAACCUACAAUGUACAUCUCAUGUGACCUUAUGUAACGCUGGUGUAAACCUACAAUGUACAUGUCAUGUGACCUGAUGUAAUGCUGGUGUUAACCUACAAUGUACAUGUCAUGGUCAGGGAACAAGACCAUAUCUUGCCCUAAAGGAGGAUUCAAUGUUGUGGAGAAUAGAGGAAGAAAUAACAGAUAAUUGAUAUUUAAUUCAAGUACAAUCUUAAAUAGUAACAAUGAAUUAUGUACAAGUUUGUUUCAAUUCAACCAAUAAUUGUCAACAUAAUGGUACAUAUAUAUAUAAAACAAAAAAAAUGCAAUUGUUUUGUUUGUAGUAAA